AUGAAGAUUAAUACCAUUAGUACGUACGUGUUGGUAUACCUCUUGACAAACGGCCACUGGAAUCUCAUGGUCCCAGUCAAAGCUGAUGGAGGUUCAAAAUCAGGUAGUGAUGCAGGCUCAACAGCCGGUAGUGAUGCAGGUUCAACGGCAGGUAGUGAUGUAGCCGAAGUUUCAACUUUGGGAACUGACGGUUCGACAUCCUGUGAUGCCAAUGCCAGUCUAGCAACACCAGCCAACGAAGCCGACGGUAGCUCAUCAUCUGCUGGAGCUGACGCAGGUUCCAGUCUACCAUCUGGCUCAUCAGGUGAAUCUGCCGAUGCCAGUCUUGCAUCAGUACCAGCUGAGGGAACAUCAUCAUCUGGUGAAUCUGCCGAUGCCAGUCUUGCAUCAGUACCAGCUGAGGGAACAUCAUCUGGUGAAGAUGGCUCGUCUGGACAUGCAGCCCAGACAGUGCUACUCAACGGAUUAUAUCCUGAAUCCCAUUCAGGUGGAGCUCAUAGUUACGAGGAAACUACUGAAGAUCCAAUUCGAAAGGCCUAUAAGGAUGAUGCUAAUCGUCUAGCUGCCGAUGCAAGAAAAGCUGCUGAAGAACUUAUGAAAGCUGCAGAGAAAUUGAACAAAGAAGCAGAAGAAUUAAGUAAAGUAACACUUACUGCUAGUGCUGAAGAACUCAAGGCUAAAAUUGAUCUCACAGCCGCCAAGGUUCAGGUCGAGAUGAAACAGGCAGACAAAAUAGCCCACGAAAAUGAUAUGACAUACUACAGUGGAUUCCCUAACGGAUGGCAUGUAGAACACGAUCCAGUUCGCGAAAAGGAUGAACUCCUAAGUAAAACUAUGAUGUAUAGAGGUGAUUUUCCUAACCCAUGGCAUGACAUGAACUGGCCAAUGUUAGACGAAGCAAAUAAAAACAGAGAAAAGAAGUACAAAGAAGACAAAGAAGGAAUGAAAGUCAAAAUUGACGGCAAGGAGGCCCAAAUUGUCUUGAAAGAGGAGCAAAUUGCAAGUAAAAAUACAGAAUUGUUGGUUAAAAAGGAAGAGUUAGAGGAGAAAAGUGAAGAAUUAUAUGCCAAAAAACAAGAAGUAACUGAUAUGAAAGAACUCAUCAAAGAGCUCCAAAAGGACUUGAAAAAACUAGAGGCGGAAGCCAAAAUUAUAGCAAGUGAGCAUAGUACAAUCAAUAGAGAUGUUGUGAGGCUCGACAUAGAUAAAAGAAAACUUGAUGAGGAGCGCGAUAAACUUAAUAAUGAAUUCUUAAACUUGUUGGAGGAUGAUCGUAAUCUCGUAAGAGCGUUUUAUGAUACGAGUGCAAGUAUUGGGUAUUUACAUGAAAAACAUACUGGUGGUACCUAUGGACUAUACAGCGAAACCGAUCGUAAAGUUGAUCCUAGAGACACAUUUUCACCGUAUAAUGUUGAGGUGGAGCGACUAAAACACUACGACCCAAAUAUUCGAGAUCAAGUUACAAAAUCCUAUUUUGGUGAUUUAUAUCCUGACAUGGGAGGAAGCUUAGUAAUCGUUAGAACGGCAAAACCGGAUGAAGAUGUGGUGGAUAAGAAGGAAUGUGAAUCAUCAGAAUCAUCUCCUCAAACCCAUACAGCAUCUACAGACUCUACAGCUCUUCCAUCCACUGAUGCAUUUUCAGGUGCGGGACAACCAAAGGUAGAAGAGGCCGUCCCUGAAGCUGAAGGUUCGGGUGCAGCACAUACUGUACCAGGUGCUGGAUCCCAUGGAGCUAAACCAGAGUCAGAAUCUGCUAAAGCUAAGGCCCCUGAAGCUGAAGACAAGGCAGAGGCUGCUGCAGUUCCGGAGACCAAGCCGGAAGAGGCAGCUCCUGUCUCUACACCAGCCCAUACAGCCACACAUGUCGCAGCUCCUCCAGCUAAGCCAUUGGCACAGGCAGCACCAGCAACACCUGCAACAUCAACAGGUGUUAAAUUUUACAAGGAGGGAGCAGAUGGCAAAGAAGUAGAGUUAGUGGAAAACACUGACUAUACAAAGAAAAACGUAGCUGGUGAUGACAAAUACGAGUUUAAGGCAUCUAGUCCAUGUGUAAAGGUAACAUUUGAUGGUAAUGAGGUAUGGAAGAAGGGAGAUCAAAGUGUUGACGCACCUGUUUCAGUAUCAUAUAGAGAAAUGUACAAUGCAAUUGUAGUACGCGAUGAUACCAAGUCAGUGACUUAUAAGAAGAAACCGGAUAAAACAUGGGUUUAUGAUACUACCAUAACGAGAGCUGCAAAAACUGGAUCAUCCGGUAGAACAGCAGCAUCAGCUCGAGGAACCGCAGGCGGAUCAACUACGAACCUUGCCAGUGCUAGCGCUAAAUUAGGAGGAUCAGUGACGAACCUUAGUGCCGGCUCAACAACAGGAUCUGACGAAGGUAAAUCUACUGGAACAGAGGACGUUGCCAAUCUCAAGGAAGUAGAGGAAGAUACAUCUGGAUCAGGGUCAGCUGGCUCAGCUAGUACAACGACCUUAAGAGGAUCAGCAUCAGCAUCACCAAGAGCACAUUAG